UAGGGAGUUGAGUGUAUUUGGAGGGAGUUCCCCAAAUGUUAAAAAAGACACACACAUGAGUGUGUGUGGACGCUUUUGACACUGUGUACAGUGACCUUGAGGUCACAAGGAAGGAAGGAAGGAAAGGAAGGACGUAAGAAUGGCACAUAAGGCAGUAGGAGCGUCCUCGUGAGUGGAUAUGGGCCUGCUGCUCCGUUUGAUCUUCCUGCUAACUAUCGUGUGUGUGAGCGUCCAUGUUUACCUGGAGACAGCUUGGCUCUCGGCACCUGCACCCCGGCCUUCGGGGGCCACCACCUGGCCCACUCACACCUGGACCCAACCAGGCGUGGCCAAGAGGGCUCCUGCAGAGGCCGGAAGAAGCAAGGAUGGAAUUGCGCUGAAGCCACACGACAGGAGGAUGAUGAUGAUGAUGAGGCGGGAUGACGGCUCACGUUUGGAACGGAAGAGAAAGGCGCCUCGGUGGCGCAUCGCCCUGCAGCCUUGGGCCAGUCAUAGUCACUCUCUGGAGGAUGAAGCAAAAAGGUUUCUCCACUACAUUACAACGCCACAACUGUCCUGUGAAAGUCCUCAUGUGGACCCAGAUACAGGAUGGGCUGUAUGUCUGGACCCAAAGUACAGCCUGACUCACAGGAUGAAACACAAGCACUGCAGGGUUUACUCUUUUGGGUUGGGCCCAGAUGACCGUGUCCUGGAACGUUUCCUGGCAAAAUCCGGGUGUGAGGUCCAUUGCUUUGAUCCCAGUUUGAGGCAAUCACACCUGCAGUAUGCUGAAAUGUGGCUUCACCGGCUCUCCAUUGACUGGAGGGAUCCCAACCCUGCAGUUGUGGCACAGCAUCAGUAUGCCAACACCAAAAAACUGGCCACCAUCCUCAACAACUUUGGUCAUCGGGAGGUGGAUGUACUGAAAGCAGACAUGGAGAGUGCCGAGUGGAAGGUUUUGGAGAAUUUAAUCCUGGAAGGAGUUUUAGACUCCGUAAGUCAAGUACUCCUGGAGCUUCACCUCCACUGGGCGGGGUUUGAGGUGGCAGGGGACGAUCCUUCGGUCAUACGCUAUUGGUUCAGCUUGCUCAAAGAGCUGGAAAACAUCAACUUCCGCCUUUUCCACGUCCGCAGCGAUCCAGCAAAACCGCAUGUGUUUCUGCACAAGAAUGUUCUCAAUGCAAGCAGUGCAUACACUUUAGCAUGGGUGAAUACACAGUGGACGCCCUAAAGUACGUACUAGGGACUAUCCAAGUGGAUUAAUGUCAGAACACAGGUGCUGCUGAGGCACAUUCUCUGACUCAAACUGACCUUUUUGCCAACCUACUUACCAUCCAGUCAUGAAUCACCCAGAGGCUGUGUCUUCUACUACCUCAUGUCGACUAUGUUGUUGGCUGCAGGUCAGUUUCUUAGUCACGGUCCACCCCUGUGAUCACAGUCCUAUCUCUAAUUCGGGCCUGCAGCAACUUAACGCCACAAGACAUUUUCUUCUAUCGGAGUCGGUGGGGACAUCAGUGCACGGAUGUGAUGGUUUGACUGUGCCAAAGGGUAGGUGAGAGAUAGAUUAACAGCUUUUAUUCUGUGAGGAGCUCCAUGGACUGAAAGAGAUAAGUGGUGGAGAUGAUUAUGUCAUCAAUUCUUUAAGACAUGGUGUGAAAACAUAUGCACAUUCAUCUGCAGUCAGUAACUUAUGGUCAAGGCGCCAAUGUUUUCAUUGAUCUUGCUCAUACUUUGUCAGUUUUUGUUAUUUUUAAUAAAAACCAAAGCCAGAA